AUGGACGAACCUUACCUCCGAAAACCACGUAUAGUGUAUCGGACUGGCGUGCCCAACCCUCUGACGCUCGAUCAAUACAGCGCUGUUCUCGAUAAAGUCGAAAAAAAUCGGAAUUUGGUAUGUACCAAUGGGCCAAUGUAUCGACCAGAUGGUGGUACCAUUGUGGUAUAUGACUGUGCUCUUUAUCCACGUGGAACUUUGAAUGAUGACCAAGUACGGCGCACAUUUCGUGUUGAUGGAUAUCGUUGGGGAAAUUCCAAGGGUGUUCAUAAUUUGAGCAAUGGAUUGCAAAAACGAUACAAUUUACUUUAUUGCAAAAAUGAUCCACAUGGCGACGAUAGAUUUAUACGUUGCGAAUAUUCACGAGAGCCAUGCGGUUUGGUGCUUUUCCAUUAUAUUGGUGACCACGUCGUAGCAGCUCAAAUAUCUGAUAAUGCACCACAUGGAAAUGCCAAACGAACUAAUCAGCCAUUUCUUCGUACAUUACCAAUUAUAUUACAAGAAGUGAAAGAACAAAGUAUCAUGAACAAUAAUGCAGUUGAGAUUUAUGAUCGACUGACGGAGCAAAGUAUUUACGAUCAGUGCGCAAGCAGCUCGCGAGUUACACCACGUAGACUACGUAACAAGGAGCAAGUGAGAAACGUGAUGAAAUCAUUCCGGCAGAAGUUAGCGCGAAAUAGUUUGUACAUUAAUCCACGGCCAACAACCUUGUAUGUUACGGAACAAGAAGCAUCAGCGCUUGGAAGACGUGUUUUGCGUAGAUCCAAUACAGAAUUAAACAGAAAUCAAGAAGUUAUUGAAAGUGGAGUUUUCGAGCAGGAAGGGAUGCCGGACGGUCAGCCACCUGUCAUGGUAAAAAAAGCUCGAGUUGAGGAUGAUUCGGAGUCGAACUAUGCACCGAUUGAUGUAACAACGGUUGAUACUCAAAACAUAAAAACGCGAGUACCUUAUGGACCGGAUCAUUCAUUCGUUCGCCAAGGUGGUAAAUUUCAUCUUUUGAUUGGUAUUACCGGAUCAGUUGCGUCAAUCAAACUUUCUGAGCUUAUCACGGAACUUCGUAAGAAUAGUCCUGAGGAAAAAUUGGUUAUUCGAAUAGUUGCGACCGAUGCUGCUCGAACAUUUAUUGAUGAGUCUGCAUUUGAUGUUCCUGUUUAUAAUGAUAUGGAUGAAUGGAAUAUGUGGAAGAAACGUGGUGAUCCAGUACUCCAUAUUGAAUUAAGAAAAUGGUCGGAUGCGAUGUUAAUUGCACCAUUAGAUGCUAAUUCGAUGGCUAAAAUAGCGAAUGGCAUAUGCGAUAACGUCUUGCUAUCCAUUGUACGCGCAUGGGACCCACGAAAACCUCUGUACUAUGCACCGGCGAUGAAUGUUGCAAUGUGGGAAAAUCCACUAACUUAUCAGCAUCGCAAAGUUUUAAAAGAAUUGUUGCGAUACAAGGAAAUACCGCCAAUUGAGAAAGAACUGAUGUGUGGUGAUACCGGCUUAGGCGCUAUGGCAACAGUGCAGAUGAUAGCAUCAAUUGUUGCUAGCGAAGUGAAAAAUCGUUUUGCUGUUUACUCCGAUAAUUCAUCACUAUAA